CACGCGUCGCCGGCCUUCUACUCAGCCCCUUCCCUUCAUCCUUCAAGCAGACGCCAGCGGCGCCGUCGCCUCCCGCUGACGAUGCUGAAGAUUAAAACCCCCAAGACGCAACGGGCUAAACGGGAGGUCGAGAAACGCGCCCCUAAACUUGUCGAGAGUGGCAAGAAAACACUAAUACUUCAUGGCACAAAGACAAGCGAUGUGUUGAACACGGUGCUGACUCAAAUUUAUCAUUUGAAAAGAGACAAUGCCGUGAAGUACACCAAGAAGAACGAAAACAUAAGGCCUUUCGAAAGUGGUGGGGAGACAUCUCUAGAAUUUUUCUCUCUUAAGACUGACUGCAGUCUGUUUGUGUUUGGUUCUCAUUCUAAGAAAAGACCAAACAAUUUGGUUUUGGGGCGGAUGUUUGAUCAUCAUAUUUAUGAUCUUGUUGAAGUGGGAGUUGAUAAUUUCAGACCGAUGGAAUCUUUUGAGUAUGACAAGAAACUAACUCCACGGAUUGGGUCAAAGCCAUUCUUUGCAUUUGUCGGAGAAGGAUUUGAGAGCAUUGAAGAGUUGAAACAUUUAAAGGAAGUAUUGCUUGACCUUUUCAGAGGAGAGGUUGUGGAAAACUUAAAUCUUGCUGGCAUAGACCAUGUGUUUGUAUGCACAGCCCUCUCUUCAAGUACAGUGUUUUUCACUCACUGUGCUCUACGGCUGAAAAGAUCGGGUACUGCAAUUCCUAGGAUGGAACUGGUUGAAGUUGGACCAUCCAUGGACUUGGUGGUUCGACGGCAACGACUUCCUAAUGACAGCUUAAAGAAAGAGGCAAAGAAGACCACUAAUGGGCAGCCUAAAAAGAAGAUCAAAAAUGUGAGCAGUGAUGUGCUGCAGGGUAAGAUAGGGAAGAUCUACAUUCCAGAUCAAAAGGUCGGUGGUAUUGCACUAUCAAAUGACGUCAAAGGAUUGAAGAGGGAACGUCGUGAGGCAAGGAAAACGAAGGUUGGAGAGAACGAGGCCAAGAAAAGAAAGACAGCAUCUAAAUAGUCUCCUAGGUUUCCUUUGCUCUGUUGUUAGUCAGAUGGCACACACAGAUCACGUCGAAGACCACAACCUGAACAAGUUUCUGUGGUGUAAGACUUUCCCAUUGAGGUAUGACGUGACUUUCAAGUCCAAGCUGGUAUUUCUUGAAUGGGCCAUGAAACAGCAUUAUCUACUCAGUUUGGUUGACAAAUCUUUCUCAGCGGCGGUGUUUUUCCAGGAUACAUCGCAACUAUGUUGAUAUGCUUAUUCUCAUUCCUUCAUGGUGUGUUUUUAAGUAUCUGCUGGUUGUACCCUAACUGGUAGGUUCUUAAAUUUUGAGUAUUUCAGACCUUACUAAUGUAGGUUGAUUUGCUUAAUGUAAUUGGUAAAAUAUAACAAACAAGAGCAACAUUAUUACUAUUAUUACAG